AAUUGUUUUGUGAUAAUUUAAAGCUUAACAUUUAUUUAAAGAAUUUUGAAUCUAUAGCUGUAUUUAAAGUUUUAAGAAAUGCAUGAACUGUUUACACAAGUAUUGAACUACAAAGAUUUAUCAAAGGCCGGUGAUUUAUUUACUGUUUCGGAUGAUGCUAUUGUGAAUGAUUUAUCUGAAGUAAUUAAUAUAAUUUGUGAAAUCACAAGUCUACCUGACUAUGUUAAUAAUGACAAUGAUCAAAGUGUUGUUGAAAUAUGCAUCACAAGAGUUACUACUGCAAUCAGAGAAACUGGGUCAAUGGAACAGCAUGCAGAAGCUUUGGUUACAUUAUUGGAAUCAUGUCUUAAUCAUAAUCUUAAACCAUCACAAAAAGAAGAAGAUCCGCCUCAUGCUAAAAUAUCAUCAGACAUAAUAUCUUGCAUGUUUCUUAAUUAUAGCAAAAAAGAAGUCAUGAAAAGAGUAUUACCAGUAGCUGUAAAAUUUUUACAUAAAGGAAAUAAAGUAUUAUCUAGAAACAUGGCAUCAUAUUUAUCUCUAGCAGCAAUUGACAAUUCUCCAUUGCUAUCAAAUCAUAUACAAUUAAUAAUAGAUUCUAUAAUUUCAGGCAACUAUCCAUUAUGUCGAGUUCUUCCACAAAUUUAUGAAGUGACAAGAGAUCCUAUUCAUGACCACGCCAUGGCUUUAGUUUCAUUACUGCCAUUAUGUGAACUCACUGAAAAAUUGGCUUUAUUACAACUUUGCUCACUUAUAGCCAAUAAUAAACCAUCAUUAUUAGAAGCUAGUUUACCACAAUUAUGUGAAUAUUUAUGCAUAUCACAAACAGUUGUUGCUACAUUGCAAGUUUUUCUUAAUUUAGCUAAAAAUCAACCACAACUUUUAUCUGAUUAUGUUUUGAAAAUUAAAAAAGCUGCCGAGUGUAAUCCAAAUGCUCUAUGUAUUGCUGCUCAAGUUUUAUCGGCUGUUGGUAAAAUAAAUAAGUCAAAAGCACAAGAAGCAUUAAAUUUUAUUAUGGAUCAUUUACCUAAAGUAGAUCGAGGAAGUCAAAGUCUAUUAGUGCGUGAAGCUACAUUUCUAUGUUCUUGUUUUCCAAUAUUAUUUACGGAUAAAAUUUUAGAAGGAGUCUUACAAAUUAGCAGGAACACUAAUUCUCAUGUAAAUCAGAUUUCGGGUGGUGUAACAAUAGUUAAAGUUGGUGGAAAUCAAUCACCAACUAAUUCAAAUAUUACUAGACCAACUCAAACAGAUAAUAAUGGCAGAAAUUCAAGAAUUGUGAUUACUCCAAGACCUAGAUUAAUGGCCGAUAGUCGUAGCACAGGAAGAUUACAGUCAUCAAAUGCUCAUCGUAGUAUGACACGUUUAAAUGCUGUAUCUGGUAGUCGAGUUGGAUCAGUUGGAGGUUUGCAUAAAAGUAUGACUAAACUAAGUUCUAAUCAAGUUUGUAUUGCUAGUACAUCAAAUCGUAAUAAACCUUCUACAACUAAAAUAUCAAGUGGUGGAGUAACAGUUACAACACCCUUAGGGACUGGGAGUAUAAUAACUACAAAUUUCAAUUACAGUACUACCUCUAAAGAUUCAUUAGGUAAUUCAAUUAGUCAAACUUUGACUGGACGUGUACAAAACUCAGUAUCUCGACCUUUGAGUACUGCUGGCAGUUCUCCGUUAAAUCAAAGUCUAACAUCCCAAGGGCACAUCCAAUCAAGUGGACCUAGUCUUAAUGUUGAUCCUGUUGGUAUUAAUACCGGUAUUUAUUCAACUGUUACUCCACGACGAAAUCACAAUACAAGUGUUACAAUCAUCAACUCAAGUGUUUCUCAAAGGAUAAGUGUAUUCGAGCCAUAUCCAAUGAGGGACACUAUGCAACACUUCUGUGAAAAACAUUUAGAUAAAAUUAAAGCUUAUAUGGAGAAAGUUUCAGUUAGAAUUCCACCUCCUGCUAAAUGUACAAUUGAAGAAAGAAGAGCAAAAAAAACAGCUAAACUGCAUUUUGCAUGUGAAGGUCGAGGUGAACAUUGUCUUUACAACCGUGCUCUUUUUACUGUACGUACAAGGCAUCCACGUGUUUGGAUUCAUCUUAUGUUUCUUGCACUUCAAGCUAGAUCAUCAUCAGCCCUUAGUUCACGGCAUCCUUCAGUCAGUGCCUUAAAGAACUGUUGGGAUAUUCUUAAAUGUGAAACUAGACCAUUUUUAACAUUAGUAACCUCUGCCUUUCCCUGUGCCAAAGAUCAAGAUGCUGUCUUAAAUGAACUUCGUAAUAGUGGUUACUUUGAUGUAUUUGAACAUUGUAGUUUAAAUGCUGGGGGUUGGGGUUGCUUUUUGUGCAAUCAUCCAGAACGAGCUGUUGGAUUUUUACAAGAUAGUCAACCGGUAAUUGAAGGUCAACUUAAAGAGAAAAAAGGAAGGUGGAGAUUAUUUAGAAGAUGGAGAACGCGAUAUUUCACUCUAUCUGGAGCGCAUCUUUCAUAUAAAGGCUCAAAAAAUGAUAAAGAAGGAACUCCUAUUGAUAUUCAUCAGAUUCGUAGUGUAAAAGUAAGUCGUGGUGCUCGAAACAUACCAAAAGCUUUUGAAAUAUUUACUGGAGAAGAAUCUCUUAUAUUAAAACCUAAAGGUGGUAAAAAUGCUGAAGAAUGGGUUCAGUGUUUAUCAGUUGUUGUGGCACAUUCACAUUCAAAAGAUACCACAAAUUCAAAAAAUUCAAGUUUGGUUAGAACUACUAUAUGAAUACCUACAGUAUUAUACUUAUUGCAAUAAAGUAUUUAUAAAAUUUA